CCCCUCACCAGACCACAUCAUACCUGUCAGUCCCUCCUUGUCUUUUAAUCUCUACUACUACCAUCACUUACCCCAUUCUAUGCCUCUGUCUAUCUCUCAACUAUGUAUAAACUUGGAUGAAUUUUCUUCAAAGAUAAUUUAAAAGACAACCAACAACAACUCAUGAAUGACUUUUUUUUCCCCUUUUCUUUCUCUUUUGGUCCCUCCACACCCAUUUUCUUUGCAUCACACUCCUCCGGGAUGCUUAAAUUUUUACUCUAGACUGAGGAAGAGAAGAGUGCAAAGUGGUCCCGUACACUGAUCAUGACUGGCUAGAGCAAGUGAGCGCGCAGAGUAAAAGGAAGCCAAACCAGAAGUAAGGAAAGAAGAAGAAGAAGAAGAGGAGGAGGAGGAGGAGUGCACACAGUACACACAUAUACUCCUCAUUUCCACGGUAACUGUGUUCACAGACUUUUGCGAGGAGACCUCUGCAAGCUGCGUCGUCAGCGCUGGACAAAGGGGAAGGAGAAUCGAAUGGAAAGAGACGCAUGACAGAAUGUCCCUUCAGCAUUCUCCAUCCAUGUUGUUUUUUGUUUGGAGGCCACACUGACAUCGUCACAACUUUUUUUUUUUUUUGCCGACAAUUCACUUGUCAACAUACAGACCUUCAUGUGUACGCCAGCAGAGUUUUAAUGAUCUAAUGCUAACUUUAUAAACUCCUGUACAUAUUACAACACUUUACAAAUCUACAGACCCCCCACCCCCCCGCACACUAACAUCCUCCCACCACAGGCCACCUCCACCCUUCUCCAUCCGUCACAUUGAAAAAAGGCCCUCUCUUCAGUCUUUGGUGUGUGACUUCAUCUGCCGACUAUCCCUUCAUCUGAGGCUAUGAGAGGAGGAGUCGAAUCCCAGAUCACUCCAUCAUGCCAGUUCUGAAGAGCAGUGAGGAGAUCCGGGAUGACAAUGUUCAAGGGACGGCAUUUACACUCCUUCACAAUGCUUGUCAGCCUCCACCCCUCUCCCUCUCGUCUUCAGGACAAGCGCUUUGUCUCCGCUCCCUCCUCCAACUAUCAUCAUCAUCCCCCUCCUCCGCCUCCUCCCCAAGAUGUCUCCUUUUACCACCCUCAACCUCGACUGACUAUUUCCUUCCUCUCCUUGUCCUUCUCUCUGCUCCUCCUCUCCAUACUCCUCUUGCCCGUCUGCGAGUCACGCAGAGGUGGAGGUCCAGGUACAGGGCCUGGAGGUGCCCCAGGGGGACAGGGUGGCCAGAGGGGAGGCGGCACUCAGAGGGGUGUCAUCAUCCCGCCUCCGUAUUCUCCCGGCUCACCAGCUCUGCCCCCAAUCAAUCCCAAACUGAUCAAUUCACUCAGUAUCGCUGUCAUCCUGGUGGGCAACUCUAGUGAAGUUACCCUGGGGGCGGGACUUGAGAAGGAGGACUUCCUCCACAUCCCUUUCCCUCCCAAAGUCGAGGUGGUCACCAUGAACGAGACUGACCCCAAGAGCAUCAUCAAUCGAAUCUGUGCACAAAUGUCAAGGAACUCGCUGCAAGGCGUGGUGUUUGGUGACGACACGGAUCAGGAGGCCAUUGCACAGAUCCUGGACUUCAUCUCUGCCCAGACACACAUCCCCAUCCUGGGCAUCCGGGGAGGCUCCUCCAUGGUCAUGGCAGCCAAGGACGACAACUCCAUGUUUUUCCAGUUUGGACCAUCCAUCGAGCAGCAGGCCUCGGUCAUGUUGAACAUCAUGGAGGAGUAUGACUGGUACAUAUUCUCCAUCGUCACCUCAUACUAUCCCGGCUACCAGGACUUUGUCAACAAGAUACGCAGCACCAUCGAUAACAGCUUUGUGGGCUGGGAGCUAGAAGAGGUCCUCCUGCUGGACAUGUCUGUGGACGACGGGGACUCCAAGAUCCAGAAUCAGAUGAAGAAACUGCAGAGUCCUGUCAUUCUGCUCUUUUGCACAAAGGAGGAGGCGAGCACCAUCUUUGAAGUGGCUCAUUCUGUCGGCCUCACUGGCUACGGCUUCACCUGGAUCGUGCCCUCGCUGGUGGCCGGAGAUGCAGACCAUGCUCCCCUUGUCUUCCCUACAGGGCUUAUUUCAGUGUCAUAUGACGAAUGGGACUAUAACAUCGAGGCCAGAGUACGCGAUGCAGUGGCUGUUAUAGCCACAGCGACCUCUACAAUGAUACUGGACCGUGGACCACACACCUUGUUGAAGUCAAGCUGCCUUGGCACACCCGACAAAAAGAGCGCCAACACCGGCCACUCCAAAGAAAUACUGAGGUACCUCAUGAAUGUUACAUUUGAAGGCCGAAACCUGUCAUUUAGCGAAGAGGGUCACCAGAUGUUCCCCAAGCUGGUCAUCAUUCUCCUGGACAAGGACAGACAAUGGGACAGGGUUGGCAAGUGGGAGCGUGGCUCGUUGACAAUGAGAUACCAUGUGUGGCCUCGCUUCGAGCUGUACUCUGCAGCUGAGGAGCGCAAAGACCACCUGUCUAUCGUGACUCUGGAGGAGGCGCCGUUUGUCAUCGUGGAGGACGUGGACCCGCUCAGUGGGACUUGCAUGAGGAACACGGUGCCAUGCCGCAAACAGCUCAAGCUCAGUAACCACACAGGUGAGUCAGGGAUUUACAUCAAACGCUGCUGCAAGGGUUUCUGCAUAGACAUCCUGAAGAAAAUUGCCAAGAAUGUGAAGUUUACCUAUGACCUCUACCUGGUCACCAAUGGCAAACAUGGCAAGAAAAUUAAUGGGACAUGGAAUGGCAUGGUUGGAGAGGUGGUGUUGAAGAAUGCCCACAUGGCAGUGGGUUCGCUCACCAUCAACGAGGAGAGGUCGGAGGUCAUUGAUUUCUCUGUGCCGUUCAUCGAGACAGGGAUCAGUGUCAUGGUUUCCCGUAGCAACGGCACUGUCUCCCCCUCUGCCUUCCUUGAGCCCUUCAGUGCUGAUGUCUGGGUGAUGAUGUUUGUGAUGUUGCUGAUGGUGUCAGCCGUGGCUGUGUUUGUGUUUGAGUACUUCAGCCCGGUGGGUUACAAUCGCUGUCUGGCAGAUGGACGAGAGCCCGGAGGUCCCUCCUUCACCAUCGGUAAGGCCGUCUGGCUGCUUUGGGGUCUGGUUUUCAACAACUCCGUCCCUGUGCAGAAUCCCAAAGGUACCACCAGUAAGAUCAUGGUGUCAGUGUGGGCCUUCUUUGCUGUCAUCUUUCUGGCCUCCUACACUGCCAACUUAGCUGCCUUUAUGAUCCAGGAGGAGUAUGUCGACCAGGUGUCGGGCCUGUCGGACAAAAAGUUCCAGAAGCCGAACGAAUUCUCUCCGCCGUUCCGGUUUGGCACGGUGCCUAAUGGGAGCACGGAACGUAACAUCCGGAACAACUACCGGGACAUGCACACUUACAUGACCAGCUUCCACCAGAAGAAUGUCGAUGAAGCGCUGUACAGUCUGAAGACCGGCAAACUGGAUGCCUUCAUCUACGACGCUGCGGUGCUGAACUACAUGGCGGGCAGAGAUGAGGGCUGUAAGCUGGUCACCAUCGGCAGCGGCAAGGUGUUCGCCUCCACCGGCUAUGGCAUUGCCAUCCAGAAGGAUUCAGGCUGGAAACGGGCUGUGGAUCUCGCCAUCCUCAUGCUGUUCGGAGAUGGUGAAAUGGAAGAGUUGGAGGCCCUGUGGCUGACGGGUAUCUGCCACAAUGAGAAGAACGAGGUGAUGAGCAGCCAGUUGGAUGUAGACAACAUGGCGGGGGUCUUCUACAUGCUGGCGGCUGCCAUGGUUCUGUCAUUAAUCACCUUCAUCUGUGAACAUUUGUUCUACUGGCAGCUGCGCUUCUGCUUCAUGGGCGUAUGCUCGGGACAGCCCGGGGUCACCUUCUCCAUUAGCAGAGGCAUCUACAGCUGCAUCCAUGGGGUACAGAUCGAGGAAAACAAGUCAGCCACAGAUUCACCCUCCGCCACCAUGAAGAAGAACAUGAACAACACCCAUUCCAACAUCUUGCGCUUGCUCCGCACCGCGAAGGACAUGACCGCCGUGCCGGGAAUUAACGGCUCUCCGCACGCCGCCCUGGAGUACAGCCACAGUGGCCGUGACUCGGCUAUCUAUGAUAUCCAGGAGCACCGGCGCAGUCUAGUAGGUCAUCCUGCAGACUGCAAGUCAGCACCACCUUACCUGCCAGAGGACAACAUGUUCAGUGACUACAUCAGUGAGGUGGAGAGGACUUUUGGCAACUUGCCCCUGAAGGAUAACAACCUGUACCAGGACCCUUACCGGCACCACCACCCGGCCUCGGCUCUGGGUAUGUCCGGCCCCCCACCUAAUAGGCCGCGUAGUUUAGGCAGCGCUAGCUCAUUGGAAGGGGGCAUGUUUGAUUGCGACAGUUUAGGGGGAGGGGUCACGCCCAUUUUUACUACCCAGCCCCGACCCUCCAUGACUCACAGGAAUACGAAUAAAUUCGACCUGAUCGCUGGCCACAGCCCUGCGGAGACCAACCAGGGUGGGUUCAAGGGAAGCAAUGUGUACGGCAGGUUUUCUUUCAAAGGAGGCGCAUCCAGCACGGGGCUCAUUGGGGGUCAUGACAGGUACUGUGGUGGAGGAGGGGGAGGCUCGGGGGGUGAUGAUGGGAAUAUUCGCUCUGAUGUAUCGGAUAUCUCCACCCACACUGUCACCUACGGCAACUUGGAGGGCAACGCUAAGCGGCGUAAGCAGUACAGGGACAGCCUGAAAAAGAGGCCAGCCUCAGCCAAGUGCAGACGGGAGCAGGACGAGAUAGAGCUGAGUGGAUUCAGGAGGAGACCCCACCACCACACCGUCCACCACCACUUCCCCCACGGGCCCCUGGCACACCGCACGGUCUCACCUCCCCUGGAGCGGAAGAGGGGAGGAGGGGGUAAUUCUUCACCUUACUUAUUUCGCAAAGACAAAGAGAACCUGAGGGAAUUCUAUGCGGACCAGUUCCGCUCCAUGGAGGGCAAGGCCAAGUGGGAGAAAGAGGGUGGAAGCGGAGGAAGUGGUGUGGGCAGUGGUAGCGGUGGUGGAAUCUGUAAAAGCUUAGUGCCUGUGGAAGACUUCCUCAAAGGUAAAGGCAAGAAGACGGAAUGUAAAGGUGGGCUGGGCUCAGUAGCAGUGGGACAGCAGGGACACUCCUGCUGGGAUAAAGGGAGUUCUGGUCUAGGAGGAGGAGGAGGAGGAGGAGGAGGAGGCAUAGCAGGAGGUGAUUGGGAGUGUCGUAACAGCCACAGUGUGUGUCACCACAGCAGUGGUGUGGGAGGCAGCACAUGCCAAGCUAGCGGAGUUGGGGGCAGCAGCAGUCGCCCCAGCUCUGCUGGCUGCAAAAGGUGUGACUCCUGUAAGAUUCAGCCAAGCAACCUGUACAACAUCAGUGAGGAUAACAUGGUGUUCACUGGAGUGAAGGCAAGUGUCGGACCCCCCAGCCAAACACAAACUCAGGUGCAGCGCAGGAAGCUAGGGCCAGGUGGGAGGGUGUUACGGAGGCAACACUCAUAUGACACAUUUGUAGACCUGCAGAGGGAGGGGGCAGGUCGUAUGGGAGGGGCUAGUGGGGGCAAUGGGGGACAGUUUCCCCAGCCCAGAAGUGUGAGUUUGAAAGACAAAGACCGCUUCAUGGAGGGCCCCAGCCCUUAUGCUCACAUGUUUGAGAGAUAUGCAGGUGAAAGGGAGUCUCCCAUGUUUGGAGGAUUAGGUGGGGACAGGGCAAAAGGAGGCUCCUCCUUCAGUUUGUUCCGUGGAGGUGAGGGUGGGUUGAAACGGCGGUCCUUUGGGGAGAGAGACCUAAGGGACAGAGAUAGAGCUAUGGUGGGAGGUGGUGGUGGUGGUAGCAGAGGGGCCGGGACUUACUCCUUGUCUAAAUCUCUCUACCCAGAUAAGGUGAACCAGAACCCCUUCAUCCCAACCUUCGGUGACGACCAGUGUCUUUUACACGGUGCCAAACCGUACUACGUCAAAAAGCCACAGAUGCAGCAGCAGCAGCAGCAGCAGCAACUUCUCAACAACAGCCGAGGAGGAGGGGACUUCCACAGCUCCAUGGGAGUGACUUCCUAUUUGCCCGCAUCUGCCACAGCUGGGGUGAUGUCAAAUGUGGCCCCCAGGUUCCCCAAAGAGCUGUGUCUGGGCGGGAUGGGAGGGCCCAUGGGCAACCACCACGGGGCCAGCAAACUACUGCCAGUGGGCAGGGACACAUUAGGUUUGGGGCAGGGACAGAGACCCUUCAAUGGUGCCAGCAAUGGACACGUUUAUGAAAAGCUCUCCAGCAUCGAGUCAGACGUCUGAGGGUGAAGAUGGAGGGAAAAUUUAGAGGAGGAGAAGUUGAAGUGGGCGAAGAAAAGAAGGGGGACAGAAAGAAAAAGAGGUGAAAAAAAGGAACCGCUCAGGCCGAAGACCUCUCAGUGUGAAGAGAAUGAGGAGUCUUUCAUACUGUGCGUGUGCUGUUCUCACUCCGCGAGAUGGAAAGAAUUUGGACGAUGCACAGAGGCCACUGCAGGCUAAGCUGUCGUGAAGUCCGGCGGGAGGCAAGUUUUUAAUGAGAAUAGAGGAUUCUGGUGCUGCUCUGACUCUCAGAGAAAGAUAGGGAGGGAAGGCUUAAGAGAGAGAGGGAGGGAUAGAGAGGGAGAAAGGGAGGGGAACAAUGAGAAAUACAAUCUCCAGUCUCGUCACAUGCUCAUCGUCUUUCCCUCCCUCCUUCAGUUUCUUAACACCAAAACAAAACAUCUUGUUUAGCAACGGAAAUACAAUCAUGAAUGAGAAAUCAGCGCUUCUGUUGAAGUAACAGGGUAAACUAAUAAUCAUUGUAUUGAUAAUGUUAUUGAAUAUUAUUAUAGUGUUUAAUGAUGAUUGGUUUUGGAUUGUUUUUAACUUUGAUUUAUUUAUUGACUAGUUCAUGUUACAUAUUUGUAUGAUGUUGAUUCUUUCUUAGCUUACCAAUAUUACAGGAGACUGGUCAGAACAGAUCUUUCUUUUUUUUUGGGGUUUCCUGUAAUUUGGACUCUUCUUUGCUCUUAAUUCUUCACGUCUGAUUUUUUACUUUUUAUUUUCCGUAGUUUUGAGUGCUGUGAAGUGUAUGUGAAAGGCAUGACUUGCUGAGUACAUUCUGUGUACUUAUACAUUUGCAAAGCAGGUUCUUCUUUCAUCUGCAGAAGCAACAUCAUCAUACUGAUUUGCCGUUUGCUCUCAUUUUUCUGCUUGGCAGUAAUCAAAAGGGUCUCACAUUUUGAGCUGGAUGUGCCUUAAAGGAUUAAUACUGAUUUUUUACAAACACGAUCUCUUCUGUUGGUUGACAGAUCCACUUCCAUACAACUAGUUGAUUCAAGUGAAAACGCAACACACACAAAGACAAAGUCUGAGAAUGGGGCGUUUUAAACACAAAAUUAAGAAUGAGCCUCCAUAGUUGAGGAAGCUCACGUUGCUGCAUUAACACCUGCCCAACACUAAAAGUAACCAACAAGUUGGAUUACAAGGGUUAAAACCACAGUGCCAUGAUAGAGAACCAUUCCUGUUCGCCCCCCCAAAAAAAUCAGGUAUGACAGAGUCUGCUGCUGUUUAUGAACAAAUAACGCUAAAUGUAAAUGCUUCUUUAUACUAUAUCUCCACGAUUAAUGUAAUUACUUUAAAGACAUUUAGCAGGAAAGCUCUAACAGGAAAGUUAGUGUAAUAUCACUUCAGUAUCAUAAUUUCUCCCACCCUGUUGUGGAAACAAAAAUAAACUCCGUAUUUAACCUUGAUGUCUCCCUCAAAUUGGCUGUAAUCUGUUUCACACGCUGAGAUUUUGAUGAAGGAGAGGAUUUGCCUUCCAGUCCAAGGUCCUGUGUGGUUUGUGUCAGGCUCGACUGUUUGUGGGAGAAAAUGAAUGAAAGGGAAGAAAGUAGAUGGUGUCCUGAAAGCAGGUGGUACGUUUUUGUACAAGCGUUGACUUUGCUACUAAUGGGCUCACAGUUCCUUUGAUCAACAGGCAGCUCCAACUUUAUAACAUCAGACACACGGGUCAUCCCUGCGCUACCACAUUUUACAGACAUAAGGUUAAUAUUUCAGAAAAUGAAUCUCCAUCUUCAGUUAUUUGUCAUCUCUUAACCUUGACGUUAAAUCCUCUUGCUAAACCACCAAAUUGUAAGAUCAAAGCACAAUCUGAUUGAAUGGGUCUAACAUUUAGAUUUUUGUACAUCCCAGUCAAAACUGAAGACUUUCCUUCUCUUGCUUGACAAGUCAGUAUGUAUGAUACUAAGGAGUUUGGAGGGACUUGCAUGUAUUCUCUUAGUUUUUUAUUUUAUUAUUAGUUUUUUUAAAUCUUGACUUUUAGCCCAAAAGAUUGGGCGUUUUUCAACAAUAUUUGGAGUUUUAUCGAUUUCUUUGGUACUGAUGAUGAUGAUCCAUGUAGUACUGUAAGUGUGUGUGUGUGUGCUUGUUUGUGCAAGAGAAGACACAAAUUUUAACAGUUCUAAAUUUUGGUAUGGAUAAAUUGAUUCAAUCAUUUUCACUUGGAUAGAAAACAUUUUUUAUUGUUGAUGUGAUGCAAGGGUUCGAUUUUCUUGAUAUUUUUUGUAAAUGCUUUUUAGGGUUUGAAUACAUCCACUCUUUCCUCAUUUCACCUUUAAUUUUUUGUAUCCUUUGAAUAGUUCUCAUGAUUUCUGUUAUUGUAUGUGCCUGAAUACAUACGCUUGAUUACCUCUGUGAGUGCCCAUAUGGAAGAGAAAGAGAGAGAGAGAGUGUGUGUGUGUGUGAGUGUGUGUGUGUGUGUGCGUGUGUGUGUGAGAGAGUGUGAUAACUGUUUUCUGUACAUGUAUUAUAUAAAAAAAAAACUGUGUAAAUACUUUACCUCACACUCAUGGACUUUUGAUAAAAAAAAGAAAA